CACACUCCGCCUAGUUUUUUUUCCGCGUUGAAUGGAUUAGUUCUUGUGCUAAGUAUUGCUAUUACGACUAUGAGACAGAAUUUCUAAUCACGUUACUUUACGCCGAGCUGAGGGGGGAAUCCCUCCGUCAGUUGUUCCGGUUAAGAGAUUUAUAGAAAACGAGCUGCAGGCAAAUAUUGAAGAUCCGACGAGAGUCAUGUCCAGUUCACCCAAAGGAGGAAAGAAAGGGAAAAAACAAAAGCCUAGUAAAUUUGAUUUUACAAAAAGUCAUCCAUCACCUACCACAUCCCCAUCCACCACUCCACCCAGGAAUUUGAGUGAUAAAGCUACACUUACUGUUAAUGGCAAGGACUUUGAAUGUAAUGCAGAUGAUUUAAAGGAAAUAAAGGAGCUAGGACAUGGAGCAUAUGGUUUUGUUUACAAAAUGCAACAUCAACCAACAGGAUUUAUAAUGGCUGUCAAAAGAAUACGUGCCAAUGUAAAUUCAACAGAGCAGAAAAGGCUUUUGAUGGAUUUGGAUGUGUCGAUGAGAGUAACUGACUGCCCUUACACUGUACAUUUUUAUGGAGCACUGUUUAGAGAGGGAGAUGUCUGGAUUUGUAUGGAGCUCAUGAAAGCAUCACUAGACAAACUUUACAAAAAAGUUUAUGCCACUCCUGGCCGAAGGGUGCUUGAAGAAGUCCUACGGGAAAUAGCCAUUGCUAUGGUCCAUGCAUUAAAUUAUCUUCACAGUAAACUGCAUGUAAUCCACAGAGAUGUGAAGCCUUCUAACAUUUUAGUGGAUGAAAAAGGAAAUUUUAAACUGUGUGAUUUUGGAAUAAGUGGUCAGCUGGUAGACUCACUGGCAAAAACUGUUGAUGCAGGAUGCAAACCUUACAUGGCACCUGAGAGAAUCAACCCAGCCAAAAACAUGGAAGGAUAUGAUAUUCGCUCUGACAUUUGGAGCCUAGGAAUCACUAUGAUAGAACUGGCAACUGGUAAAUUUCCAUACACUCAGUGGAAGACACCAUUUGAGCAGCUGAAACAAGUUGUUCAUGAGCCUUCACCAACUCUUCCUGAUGGGGAACCAUACUCGGAUGAAUUAAGAGAUUUUGUUGUUCAAUGCUUACAGAAAGACUACAGUAAAAGGCCUAACUAUGUCUCACUCAUGGAGCAUAAUUUUGUAAAAGGAAAUGGAACAGAUGGUAGUUUUGACACCCAAAGUUGGAUAACACCCAUAUUGCAAGAACUGGAACAGUCAAGUUUAUAGUGAAGGGAGACUGUUUUUUGUUUGUUUGUUAGUUUUUUUUUUCUCUUAUUCUCUGUUGUAAACUGGACAGAGUAAAAAUAGCAUUAUUUGGCUCAGUUAUUAUGUGAAGGAUUUUAAGAAGUACUUCCUUGUAAUCCUUUUUUUUUUUAAUUAAGAAUUGUGGUAUAUAACAUAUAUUGACUGGGAACGUGAAAAUGACUUAUUGUAACAGAAAGGUGCAUUUUAGAUAAAUCUGUCAAGAUAAUCCAAUCUGCCAAAUUUCAGAUUCUCGUGUCUAACCAUUAAAAACAUUGAUCAAAGCCA